UCUAGAAAAAAAAUAAACUUUCCUCAAUAUUAAUAAGUAUAAACAAAUGGCAACUAUCGAAUCGAAUAAAGUCUGGUGGCGCUCAAAAGCGUUUCUGCAUUUGACAUAAGCAAAGCAAAUACAAUUUCAUCGAUAUAACUGCAUUCAAAAAGCAAAUUGAUUGAGUUGGCGCCUGUUUCGAUAAUUCUUUUUGUGAAAGUAUUUUUAUAUUUUGAAGAAAACAAAUCAUAAUUCGAUCAUAAAAAUGGCAAAUAUUUGGCAUGAUAAGCGCACCUUUGUGGACGAGAACAAAUUUUCCUCAGCAAAACUACAGCAAACACAUCCAAGGGUGCAUUCCGUAAAAAAGAAGCAAGUUUUUGGAGAGCUGAAAAAUGUAAUUCAUAAUCAGUUGGGUAUAACUCCGCUAAAAGGUGGUUUAAAGGAAAAUCAAUUGGAUACAUUUAAAAGCAGUAUAGCAAAAACACGAUUGGGUAUACAGAAUGACGUAAAGAAGUUGUCUGUAGAUCCUAUUGAACUGUUCGACUUUUUUGAUUUCCCAAAAGCAUGUUGUACUAAAAGUUGCGGCAAAAGUAAUGCCGAAAUAUGGUCAGAAUAUAAUAGUAUUGAUGAAGUUGCCUUGUUAAAGGCAAUGGAAAAAAUCAGAAACGGUGGACCCAUCAGAGAUUUCGAUGAUGGGUCGCAUAGCGAUAUUGAAGAUUUUUGUGAUCCUGAAGAAGAUGUAGAUUCGCUUGCGAAAUACGAGAAACCCCAUUUAUAUUUGGAGGAUUACAGCAAAGACGAUUUCACUUCGUGCUCCAUCGAACUUCCAAAAUUUGAUUUUGGUAAUGAUUUACUUUUGAAAUGCUAAUUUUAUAAUAAUUUGUAGCAGUCAAAUCAUAAAUUCAGAAUAUAUUUUAAAUGUAUUUUAUUCGUUAUAUGUAUUCAUGUAAAAUAGUCGUUAAAUUAAAUUAUUUCUAGUUACGUAAAUAAAUAAAUGUCGAUAUAGAAAAUGUG